AUGCAUCUUUCGGCUUUACGUUUGACUCUUUUGGCGAUAUAAGUGGAACAUAAUUGGCGGUCCAAAAUGCUUAAAAAAAAGAAAAAUGUCAUCCCCGAAAUAGAGGUGCUACGCCAUUUGUAGUCUGACAUACAGCAAGUCGAAGUGGGGAUUACAAAACACUACAUAUGCAUCUUUGAAGUAUUUUUGUAUUUGUAUAACUUUGAUGCAGUGUGAACAUAACAGUUGUAAGUGAAAUGAUAAAGAAAGAAUAAGAAAAUAUGUCUAGGUUUCAUAGAUGCUAUGAUGAAUACAAACGAAAUGUAAUUGUAUGCAGUUUUGACGAUGUUUACUGUCUUAUUGCCCACCUUAGGCUACGCUAAGCAAUGUUUUCUGUUUUUAUACUAAAGUCAGGUCAACGUACGUAGUCUAUCUGAGAAAAAAUAGGAUGACUGUCUUUAAUACGUGGAGUUAAAUGCACAGAAAUACAAAAAGCACUAUACCACAAAUAUACAACGGCUUCACACAGCAAGUAGAAACUAAUUCCUUUACUGUGACUUCAUGCUCGUGCACUGACUUACCGACUGUUCUACAUAAAUAUUGCAUGUUUUACGGCUGCUCUGUGCCAGUUACUGAUUAUAUUUUACAACAUGCUUCCUGCAAGUCAGGUGAUGAGCGUUGGGAGCCUGAACGUCUGAGGCAUCAUGGAGGAUGACUGCAGGCCUCUGCUGAGCUCCGAUCAGCAGCCGGCAGAGAGCUAUUCCCAGAGAGGCUCCACGGACUCCCUGGACUUCAGGGCUAAAAGGCCUUUCUACGUGGAGCCCAGGAACAUCGUGGGUGACGUCCCGCAGGAGAGGGUCUCUGCUGAGGCGGCCAUCCUCAACAGCAGAGUGCAUUAUUACAGCCGGCUGACCGCCUCCUCUGACAGACUGCUAGUAAGUCACAUCCCUGCUAAUCACUAG